AACAAUUUCAGCCAUUUGGACUCAGCCACUACAGAGGAAACAAUGACUUCAACACAGGAGGACGAACAUGGGUUGAGAAGUCAGCACUCUCAGGAGGCCGACAAACCUCACAGAACAAAGGGAGAGAAAAGAUACAGCUGUGAUGUGUGUGGGAAGGUUUUUGCUCACAGUAGCAACUUACGACAUCAUCAAGUUACCCACUCUGGAGUUAAGGCGUACAGCUGUGACUUGUGUGGAAAGUCUUUUACCCAGGCUGGAAGCUUAAAAGCACACAGACUCCUGCACACUGGAGUUAAACCGUACAGCUGUGAUCAGUGUGGUAAAGCUUUUGCUUGCAGUAGCAACUUACAUCGUCAUCAAGUUACCCACUCUGGAAUAAAAGCGUACAGCUGUGAUGAGUGUGGAAAGUCUUUCGCCCUGGCUGCAAGCUUAAAAACACACAAACGCAUCCACAGUGGAGUUAAACCGUACAGCUGUGAUCAGUGUGGUAAAGCUUUUGCUGACAGUAGAAGCUUACAGAGUCAUCAAGUUAUCCACUCUGGAAUUAAGGCAUACAGCUGUGAUCAGUGUGGUAAAGCUUUUGCUUACAGCAGUGGCUUAAGGGGUCAUAAAGUUACCCACUCUGGAAUUAAGGCAUACAUCUGUGAUCAGUGUGGUAAAGCUUUUGCUCGAAGUAGCGACUUACGAAUUCAUCAAGUUACCCACUCUGAAAUUAAUGCGUACAGCUGUGACAUUUGUGGAAAAACCUUUCGCCGGCUACUCAGCCGAAAUAUUCACCAACGCAUUCACACCAAAAAUGAUUUUUGCUUCUGUGAUCAGUGUGGCAAACGGUUUGUGGCAUACAAAUAUUUACAGCGGCACAUGUUUACCCACACUGAGGAGAGACCUUAUAAAUGUGAGCUGUGUGAGAAGACUUUUAAAACUCAACGUUACCUGAGAGUCCACCAACAGAUUCACAACAGAAAGAAACUCUACAAGUGCAGUUACUGUGAGAGCAAAACAGAUGGAUCCUGUUCUCAACCCUGUCACCGCUGUGGUGGUGGGAAAGAGUUUCGUUGUGACCUUUGUGGAAAAACGUUCAUUCACCAGCGAAGCUUAGAACUUCAUCAGCGCAGACACACUGGAGAAAAAAUGAACUACUGCAAAGAAUGUGGGAGAGGAUUCCCCACAUCAAGUGAAUUAAAAAAACACGAACUCUGUCACAGUGGGGUUAAAAACCACAUCUGUGACCACUGUGGGUUAUCUUUCUUCACUGCAGGUCAUCUUACAACACACAAACAAGACCACACAGGAGAGAAACCAUAUAAGUGCAGACACUGUGACAAACGCUUCUCACAUUCAAGUCGUUGUAAUGAUCAUGAAGAUACACACAUUGAAGGGAACUUCAGCUGUGACCAGUGUGACAAGAGCUUCAAGAAUCUCAGUUCAUACUCCAAACACAAGCGAUCCCACGCUGUAAAUAAACUGUUUCACUGUUACCAAUGUGCAAAAACGUUCACUUCAUUA